AUGAACAGUAAUGUUACCACAGAAUCUGCCAAGCGUUUACUGGUAGAUGCUCAAGUAGAUACUCAAAAUGUCUACGAGCUCAUGGAUCACGAUCCUAUGCCUUUCGCAUUUCUCGCUUAUGCUUAUCCUAUAGGAAAUGGUCAAUUAGCUGCACUCCCGUUUGGCGAGCCAGGUUUUGAGAAACUUAGUCUCAACCGAGAUUCAUUGUGGAAUGGCGGGCCUUUCGAGAGUGCAAGCUACAGUGGCGGCAAUCCAAACUCUUCGGUGGUUUCAGCACUGCCAGGUAUCAGAGAUUGGAUCUUUCAAAAUGGCACGGGGAAUGUUUCUGCUUUGAUGGGUUCAGAUGACAAUUAUGGAAGUUAUCAGGUUCUUGGCAAUUUAUCCGUGUCGCUGCAGGGUAUUUCUGGUGCCACUGGUUAUAAACGAAUGCUUGACCUAGAUACUGGAAUUCAUACGACUAACUUCAAGAUUGCAAAUGCUUCCUUUACUACUACCGUCUACUGCUCCUAUCCAGACAGUGUGUGUGUUUAUGAAGUCACUUCGACAGCUACGAUUCCUAGGAUCAAUGUCCACUUUGAAAAUGUACAGUCGGACAGCUCCUUGGUCAACUCGUCCUGUUCAACAUCCUCAAAAUCUGCUCUAUUUAGUGGCAUAACUCAAACUGAUAUAGGUAUGAUCUAUAAGGCCGAGGCUCGUGUUCUUGGGUCUACGAGAGUAGUGUCUUGUUCCAACACUACCGGGAUUCUCGGUAUAACGCCUUCUAACAACCAACGUUCUCUGUUUCUAGUUAUUUCAGCUGGUACCAAUUAUGACGCUACUAAAGGUACAGCUGCCAAUGAUUACUCGUUCAGGGGAAAAGAUCCGGGAAGCUACGUCUCUGGCACAGUAGCUAAGGCAGCUUCAAGAACUGGUAAAGCCCUCAGGGAUGAACAUGUAUCUGAUUUUUCCACCCUCAUGGACAGUUUUACACUCAAUUUACCCGACCCUCUCAAAUCAGCAAACAAAGAAACUGCCGCUGCGAUCGCAGCAUAUAACACCACUGAUAACAGCCAUACCGAUCCAUGGCUCGAGAGUCUCCUAUUCGACUAUAGUCGUUAUCUCUUCAUAUCAUCAUCCCGAGGCAACUCUCUCCCUCCUAACCUCCAAGGCAAAUGGGCAUAUAGCUUAUCCAAUGCUUGGGGCGCCGACUACCACUCCAACAUCAAUCUUCAAAUGAACCAUUGGGUCGCCGUUCAAACGGGUCUCGGAGAUCUACAGGCCGCAUUAUGGACAUACAUGACCGAAACAUGGGCACCUCGUGGUGCAGAAACGGCUAAGCUGUUAUAUAAUGCUCCAGGGUGGGUUGUUCAUGAUGAAAUCAAUAUCUUUGGUCAUACGGUCAUGAAGACAGGUGAUGAAUAUUGGGCUGAUUAUCCAGUGGCUGCGGCAUGGAUGAUGCAGCAUGUAGCUGACUAUUAUGAUUACUCGAGAGAUGAGGUUUGGUUGAGAGAGACUGGGUAUCCAUUACUCAAAGCCAUCUCGGAGUUUUGGCUAAGUCAGCUUCAAAUUGAUCGAUAUUUCAAUGAUGGGACGUUAGUUGUAAAUCCUUGUUCUUCCCCAGAACAUGGACCUACUACCUUCGGCUGCACACACUACCAACAACUCAUCCACUCUCUCUUUACAUCUACCCUCCAAGCCGCACGCACUCUCUCCACCGACACACCUCUCCAAAAAACCCUCGCGAAAACUCUCCCCUCCCUAGACAAAGGCCUCCACAUCUCUCCCACUUACCAAAUCCAAGAAUGGAAAAUCUACAUGCCCAUCCUCGAAAACAGUACUCACCGGCACCUCUCUCACCUCAUCGGCUGGUUCCCCGGCUCCUCACUGUCCUCCCAUCUCUCCGGCUACACCAACCCUAGCAUCUCUUCCGCCGUGCACAACUCGCUCUCAUCGCGCGGUCCCGGAAUUGCAGAUUCGAAUGCUGGGUGGGAAAAAGUUUGGCGUGCGGCUUGUUGGGCGAGGCUAAAUGAUACGGAUAUGGCGUAUGGGGAGUUGAGGUUGGUGGUGGGGGAGAAUUUGGCCGGGAAUGGAUUGAGUAUGUAUUCGGGGAAGAAUGAACCGUUUCAGAUUGAUGCGAAUUUUGGGUUUGGGGGGGCGGUGUUGGCGAUGUUGGUUGUGGAUUUACCGGGGAGACUGGGGGGUGGAGAUGGAGAUGGAGAUGGAGAUGGAGAUGGAGGUGGAGGUGGAGGUGGAGGUGGAGAUGGAGGUGAAGAGAGAACCAUUGUUUUGGGACCCGCGAUUCCGAAGGAGUGGGGUGGGGGGACUGUGAAGGGAUUAAGGGUAAGAGGGGGUGGAGUGGUGGAUUUUAAGUGGGAUUCGAAGGGUGUUGUGGUGAGUGCGGUAUGGAAGAAGAAGGGGGUGGAGAUUGUGAAGAUUGUAAAUAUUAGAGGGAAAGUGCUUGCUUAG